GACUCACAUGGAUACGUGUGCGCUUUAAAAACAGCUCGUCUCGUAGCGUCUUUUUGAUAAGUUUACCUCAUUUUGCUUGUCUAACCAAUCAAUUUGGCGACAAUGAGUUCACAGAUAACAUGUGUUGGAUGGGUGAGACAAGGUGUUUCAAAGGAAAUGCCGGACAAAGUUGAGUUGAGUCAAGAAGAACUGCGGCGCAUCAUUACUGAAGCGAAAGAGGAGUUGGGGGAGCAACAAGUUGAAGAUGAAGAUGAGGGUGUGGCUGAUGAUGAGACAUUAAAUGAUGCCGAAACAGAGACUGCUGCUGUCCCAGAGGAAGAUGACAGGAAAGCCGGAAAAGAGGAGAGAGAUGAUGAUGAUGAUGAUGAGCUGGCAGAGUAUGGCUUGGACAGAUAUGAUGAAGAAGAUAUAGCAACAGCUAAUCUAGGUGACAGUUUGGCUGGGCUUACUGUAUUCAGCAAUAAUGAAGAGGAUCCUUACAUCACCAUCAAAGACACAGACCAGUAUGAGCGUGAUGACUUUCAAAUCAAACCAAGUGACAACCUCAUCCUUGCAGGCAAGGCAGAGAGAGACUGCUGCAAUUUGGAGGUCUAUGUUUAUAACUCUGAGGAGGAUUCAUUGUAUGUCCAUCAUCAUAUUCUACUGCCAGCCUACCCACUGUGUGUGGAGUGGUUGAACUUUGACCCUAGCCCCUCAGAAGGACCAGCUAACUACGCUGCUGUGGGCAACAUGACUCCACAAAUAGACGUUUGGGACAUGGACGUGGUGGACUGUUUAGAGCCAGCCUUCUCCUUGGGAAGUAAAAAGGUUUCAAAAAAGAAGAAAAAGAACAAAAAGGCAGCAGAGCCUAUUGAGGGACACACAGAUGCGGUUCUGGACUUGUCCUGGAAUAAACUGGUCAGGAAUGUCUUGGCCAGUGGAUCGGCAGAUGAAACGGUUAUCCUGUGGGAUCUAUCUCAGUGCAAACCGGCCACAACUCUGCAUAGGCACACUGAUAAGGUUCAGACUUUAGCAUUCCACCCAUGUGAGGCUCAGACACUGAUAUCAGGAUCAUAUGACAAGACAGCCAUCUUGUAUGACUGCCGCAGUCCAGAUGAUAGUUAUCGUGUCUGGAGGUUCAGUGGUCAAGUGGAGAGGCUGAUCUGGAACCACUUCUCACCCUGCAACUUCCUGGCCAGCACAGAAGAUGGUUUUGUCUACUGUCUGGAUGCACGCUCAGAUAAACCUGUGUUCACACUAAAGGCGCAUGAUGGCGAAGUAUCUGGUCUGGACCUUAGCAGCCAGAUUAAAGGUUGUCUGGUCACUGCAUCGGCAGACAAACAAGUCAAGAUAUGGGACAUUUUGGGCAACAAACCCAGUCUGGUACACACACGGAAUAUGAAAAUGGGCACACUCUUCUGUGCUUCAUGUUGCCCCGAUCUGCCCUUCAUGUAUGCCUUUGGAGGACAGAAGGACGGCCUGCGGAUUUGGGAUAUAAGUGACGCUGCCGCAGUGGUUGAGGUGUUUGGCAGUCGAGACCGCUUGGUGGUGAACUCUGCAUCAGAAGUAUCCAGCAGCGCAGCAACAGCAGAUAUGGAAGUUGCCUAGUGACCAAAUCUACGAUGAAUAAUAAACACAUAAACUGUGCUAUACUGGAAACACGUUAAGCUGUUCCAUAUGGCUGCAUAUGUCUCAUCAUACGCUGCUUAAUGUCACACUAAAAGUAGUGAGUUAUAUGGGGUGCGGUCUUGUAAUGAUUUGGAAAGGUGGCUAACGACACUGCACACGGGGCCAAGAGAACUUAAUAAUAAUAAUCAUUACAUUUAUAUAGUGCUUUUCUAGACACCCAAAGCGCUUGAUAUAAGUUGAUGUAAGGUAUAAGACUUGAAAGACUUUUUGUUUACAACAGGUCAUAUUACUACCAAUGACAAUGUGAGCUCAAAGCCAAUUAUAAGUCAUUGAAAUAGGCUUUUAAACAGAUAUCCUGUAUUCAUACAAUUGAAAAUAUGUAGAAAUGUAUUUUAUUUUUACUUGGGGUAGUGAUGCAACCACCAAGAUCCAAGUCAAACUGAUGGUUGUUCUUGACAGCAUGAAUCUGAGAUCUAUUUCACCUUGCCUUUCUUUUUGUAUUUGAAAAAUUAUCUUACAUUUCAUAGUGGUUUUCAUCACCACAAUUAGGUUUUCAUGUGAAAAUUUGAAAAUUAUAUUGCAUCAACCUCUUAUGUUGUAUUGGAUGCCCAAGUUUCACUAAAAUACAAAGGUAAAAAUAUAUGUACAGAAUCAUUUGACCCAAAAAUGUUGACGUUUAAUCAUGACAAAUUGUGAUAUUUAAAUGUUUGCUAAAUGCAGUGUUUGGAGGGGUGAAAAUGUAUUUUUCACCCAUGAUAAUUA